AUGAUUCAAGAGCCCGUAUUCGACCGUGUCACCGUCUACUUCAACUUUAGACGUUUUCUCACGGGAAACCCAAUAUAUCCGACAUCCACAUCCCCACUACUCCAGACACACUCUCCUUCAUCGGGAUUUCCCCUGGCCCCCCGCGAAUCACAUUAUCGCCUUUUCUCCAUUCUAAAGAAGAGGGCGAAAACACACUCCCCAUCCACCACGACGUCUUCCCUCGCAAAUCUCCGUGGUUCACGCUUCCAGAGCAACGGUGAAGAUGAACGUUUAGACGGCUUUGUCAGUCGUAUCAUGUUCGUGCCUCAUAUCGAAGUGGUACUGAACGCCGGAAGGUUCGCCCAGCAGCGACGAAGGGGCCGUCCGAGAAAUCGAGAGUGGAAUGGUGUCUAUUCGCUUGACCAGGCGUGA